UGUGUUAUCUCAAUGUUUUACUCUGUGUUGGAUUUGAAUUUAAAAAGUCGUGAAAAAUGUAAAUAAACAAAAUUAUAAUUAUUUAAACUUCUAAUUUAAAUUACUCUAAAAAUGAAAUGCAUUUUAAUCAGUAUUAUAUAUUUUGUAAUAAUCAAAGAUAUUAGCUAUGUAUUAAGCAUUAAGCAGAAUGAUGUACUUAACCAUUUGGGAACACGCACUCCAUACAGAUUUAGACAUAACAAAGAUGAUUCUAAAAUAAAAUAUCCUCAUUGCAAAGAUACUAAGAUUUGGAUGAUAGUGCGCCAUGGAACCAGAUUGCCUAGUGCUAAGGAUAUACAAGGCAUGAAUACGACUCUUAAAGAUAUAAAAUUGGAAACUUUGCUUCAACAUAAACAUGGUAAAGGCCAACUUACGCAAGGACAAUUAAAAGACUUAGAAGAAUGGACUAGCACAUUAGAUAUUGAGAGAGAAAAAUAUUUAACUCUUGAAGGACGGGAUGAAAUGAUAUUACUUGCAGAAAGAACACAAAAUAGGUUCCCGAAUGCAAUUAAAAAUAAAUAUAACAAUAAAACAUUUUUGUUUCGUUAUACAGCCACAGAGAGAGCUCAGCAAAGUGCCAGAUAUUUUACAAAUGGUUUGUUCGAAAAAAAAGAUGCUCAAGAUGUGAUAUUUUUGCCAGCCACUAAAGUAGAUCCUGUUUUACGAUUUUACAAACACUGUGAUAGGUGGCAAAAGCAAGUUAAGAAAAAUCCAGACACAUACAAGGAGCAAAUAUUGUUUGGAAAUAGUUAUGAAAUGAAUAAGACUUUAGAAUCGAUAUCAAAACGACUGGGGCUCAAAAGAGUGCUGAGUCUAGGUGAAGUAAAUCUAAUGUACAAAAUAUGUGGAUAUGAAACAUCUUGGAAUAAGCAUCAGAUUUCACCGUGGUGCUAUGCAUUUGAUGUGGAAAGUGCUAUGAGGCUGGAAUAUUAUCACGAUCUCAAACAUUACUGGAUGGACGGAUAUGGACACAAUUUGACGUAUCGUCAAGCGUGUUUAGCACUUAAAACUAUGUUCAAAAUAUUUAGUGACAAACCUGAUCCAUUUGCAGUGUUCAUGUUCGCUCACUCGGGCACUUUGCUGAAGUUACUCACCCAUUUGCAACUUUACAAACCAGACUCCCCUCUCACCGGAGACGCAAUGGAUGACACUAGACCUUGGAAAGCGUCACUUAUCGAUUGCUUUGCAACUAAUUUAGCAUUUGUGCUUUUCAAGUGUAAAGAUGGUGAUUACGUUUUGACGCUGCACCAAGAAAGGGUAAUCAAAUUACCAAUGUGUGAAAAGGAGCUGUGUCCUUUAACAAAACUUUUGGAAUAUUUUCAUGAUUCUAUACACAAUUGUGAUUACACCGAUAUGUGUAGUCUAGAUAAUGAUGCUAGCAAAUAAAAAAAAAAUUAGACAGUUAUCAAAGAAUUGCUUAAGUGCUUGUCAAUUAUGUAUUAUGCAGAUAGCUUUAAUUUUUUACGAACUUCUAUUCGAAAUAUAAAUUUAAUAGUUU